AUGGCCGAACCAACCGGUGGACAACCUCCACCGGUAACCCAGAAUACAACCAACACUCUAACUCCACAACCUACAUUUUUACAUACUGAAAAGUCUAUGCCUAACACUCAGAAUCAAACUUAUGCCAAUUUAUUCAAGCCCUCAAUUAUGGAUACAGCUACUGUCGAAAUACCAUCAAAGAAAAUUACAUACAUUAAUGGGGAACCAUUCAUUGCUUGGAAGUCCAAUGAGAUACAACAGAUGACAGUGAAGGAGAAAUUACAAUAUGCAGUGAUUGGAAAGUUUUCAUACGACAAUAUUGAUAUUAAAGAACUCAAGAAGGUAAUUCCAAUACAAUAUGGAAUUAAAGGUGUGCCAAUCAUAGGAUUGCUUGAUGAAAGACAUAUUCUGAUCCAACUAAAUUUUCUGGAAGAUUAUGUUAGAAUGAUGUCUACCCCUGCAUACUACCUAAAAGUGCAUGACAUGUAUUGCCAAAUGAGACCUCUCAUAUGGGAUCCAUGGUUCAAUCCAAAAAAAGAGACUUCUAGGGCUGUAGCUUGGAUAAGCUUCCCUGAACUGCCUCCAAAUUUCUUUGCUAAAGAGGCUGUGUUUUCCAUGGCAACUGCAGUUGGAAAACCUUUAACUGUAGAUCUGGCCACAGCAAACAAAACAAGGCCAAGCUGCGCAAAAAUCAAAGUCGAGGUUGAUUUAUUAGCAACACUACCAAAGAGGAUAAACAUUGCUGAAGAGGAUGAAUCAGGAAUACUUAAAUCAAAAUGGGUAAGGAUUAAUUAUGAUUACUUACCAAAAUAUUUCAAACACUGCAAACUCCAAGGUCAUAAGGAGAAGGAAUGUAGAGUACUUAAUCCUGAACUAGCAAAGCAAUUCAGAGAAGAAGUAAGGAAAGAAAAUGCAGAAGUUGGUUCUACAGAAACACAAAAUAAAUAA